AUGAGAAUGCAGAAGAAUUGGCUCGAUAUCUUACUUCUCUCUGAUUUAUCAAUUUUAUCACCACAAAAACUGAUAGUGAUGAAAAGAAUCAUCAUAUCAUCACAAGGAUCAGAUCUGAUCCAACACAAACUCUCUCAACACACUUCUUUCUUUGGCGUCAAGCUUUGGAUACUCAUCACAGCUUCCGCUUCCAUAGCUUUCCUCCUCGCGUUGAUCGUUUUUGUCUUCCUCUGUUUCAUCUUACACAGGAGAAAAGGUAGACAAGAACCAUUCAGACUAAAAUCAAAGCUUUGUCUGCCUUUGUCACACGUUCCCUUAAACAACAGACGAUAUAAUCCGUACAACCGUUGCGUCGACGAAGGAGAGAACCUGAGAAUCUCUCCGGUUAGUCGGUACUCUGCCCAUAUUCCUUACUACACUCGCAGCUUCUCAUCUACUGGUGGAUUUGGAAGCUUCACAGUGUUUACAUUCAUGGAGAUUCAGAAUGUGACUGAUGGGUUUGCAGAUGAGAAUCUGAUUGCUAAAGGAGAUUCUUCGAUAGUGUAUCGCGGAAUCUUGAUGGGUACAAUCACUGUUUCUGUCAAACGCUUCUUCCCCAUUAUUGAUCAAAGGUAUGAAGAUGAUAAAGAAUUCAUAACAAGAGCUGAGAUGAUUGCAAAUGUCAGACACAAGAAUGUGGCGAGACUCCUUGGAUAUUGCAUUGAAGGAGACGAGAGGGUUCUUGUGUAUGAAUACGCUGAGAAAGGCGAUUUGCGCGAAUGGCUUCAUGGAUCUUCAGGGAGAAACCGGCCUUUGACUUGGAGAAAGAGGAUGAAGAUCAUUCAAGGAGUAGCAAAAGGACUCGCGUAUUUUCACGAGGACAUUGAACCAAGGAUUACUCAUCAAGAUAUAAGACCGAGCAAGAUUCUUCUGGAUUAUGAAUGGAAUCCAAAGAUACUUGACGUUGGAUUCACCAGUCACAGUAGUAUUCUGGAUGAGAAAAUGGAUGUGCAUUGCUUUGGGACUUUGAUAAUGGAGCUUGUAUCAGGGAGAGUCUCUGUAGACCAAAGCUCACCAAAUGUUUAUCUUGUGGACUGGAUCAAAACAAUGGUGGCGAAUCACAUGAUAGUAGAUGUUCUUGAUCCAAACCUGCCUGAAUUUCCUACUGUAAAGGAACUCAAACGGAUUGUGUUGAUCGCAUUGCGUUGUGUUGAUCCUGAAAUAGAAGAGAGACCUAAAAUGGGAGAUGUGAUUCACAUGCUCCAGCCACAUGACUUGCUACUCAGUAGUAAUGUAACCAAACUCUUCAACAUUUUAUUUUUUGUUGGUGUAAAUGUUAAGAUCAUGAUGUAG